AUGGAACAGUCUAAUGGUAGUCGUAAGCACAGCCUAGACCAGCUCGAACCUCCUCCACCACAAGCGCAGUCCUCGGUAGCCUCGGCGAUGCCUUCCUUGGCAGAGAGCUGGAGUGGAAAGCGGAAGCUGUAUGCCAUCGAUGAGCGCGAAGAGAGCUCUCCGGUGACUGUGGGUGAGGUGGAGGCGGAGACGGCCUAUGAUGCGGAUGUGGACGAGCUGGAGCAGCACGUGGGUCAGCGUGACAUCAUCUACGAGCUGUUCCAGCCCUGGGCCCUCACCACCUACGGCGAUCAGGCAAAGACCAAGACGAUAACGCUGCGCAAAAAGGCGCGUAUCCUCAAGGCACUGGAGGGCAAGGAGCACAGUCGCCCAGAUAGCUCAAAAUUUCGCUUUUGGGUGAAGACAAAGGGUUUCACCACAAAUCGUCCCGACGGCUAUGAAGAGGCUGCGGGCAGUCGACGACGUCUGAAGCCUCUUCCCGCGUCCGCAGUUCUUUCGGACAACCCUGGCGAAGUGGACCUGUUUGCCGCUUCGACGAGCAAGGGAUUCGGUCGUCGGAUCUAUCGCAAGGUGGCCUGUGUGGAGGAGUUCUUCGACAUCAUCUACAACGUGCACAUGGAGCUGGGCGGACGCAGUGGCAUGCAUGCGGGUCAAAAGCGCACCUACCGAAUUAUUACGGAAACCUACGCAUUCCUGCCGCGCGAGGCUGUCACCCGCUUCCUUACCAUCUGCCCCGAGUGCAAGAAGAACCUCAGACCCUCCUCGCCGACGGGUGGAUGCAAGGACGCAGAGCUGGCCGGCAAUGAGAGCUCCUCGGAAGUGGAGAACUAUCUGAAUUAUUCAUCGCAUACGGAGAGCUCUUUGGAGGCGGGACCCACGGCCAAACGUCGGCGCCACUCAAGUGCCGAUCUCAAGGGUUCAGUGCCCGUGCCCGGUGUGGGCGCCGCUGCCAGCAGUUGUAGUGCCACACAGCUUGAUGUUCUCGGGGCCCCUCCGCCCAGUCCCACCGCGAUACAGCCCCGUACACAGGCGGCUGUCGAGACCACACCGGUUAGCGUGCCCAAGAUACGAGUCAAGACACAGUUGCAGCGUCCGUUGAGUCCACCAGGAGUAGUUCCCAGGACGGAGCCGGCUGUUUUGACCUCCGAGCAGCCCAACAACCCCAAUCCUCAUCCCAAUCCCAACCCGAACCCCAUGCCCAGCCAGGGACAGCCCCAGAGCUUUAAUGUGCAGCUUCUCAAGUCACGGGACAAUCUCCUUCAGUACUACGACUUUAUGAGACGUUUCUAUGCCGGUGGCUCGGUGCUCCAUGAACCGGUUCUAGCGCCGCCCCUCUACGGCAGCAGCCUCUUGCAAAGUCUCAGUUUUCCAACCACCACUACUACCCCAGCCCCUACCCCUACCUCUACCCCUACCACUACCAUUUCCACGAGCACAGCAACCACCGCAGCACAGAGCAAGAGUUCGGCACCUCCCAGGGCAUCCUCCCCAUUGCCGACGACUCCGUCCGCUUCCAUUACCACCUUCAAGACCUCGCCAGAUAGCUUGUCUCGGGCACGCUCACCGAUGGCCUCGGUGGCCACGCCUACCGUUCCCCAAGUGACCCAUACACCGAUCAAUCUAACGAAAUCUCUAUUUUGCAGCCCGAAGAACAGCAAUCCAGCAUCGACUUCGACACCAGUGGCCGUACAGCCACCGCUGAAGCUGGAGCUACCCAGUCCGCCCAAGUCGCUGCCAGAGCUUCGCAUUCCCCAGCUACGUGGCAUGCCGCAUGUGGAGCUUUCCUUGCCGCUGCCACCACUCGAUUUGGAGCGAUUGAAGCCCAUUACCUCCACCUACUUGCAGCUGACGCGCAGCAUGGGACUGAGCGACGAAGAUGCCUUGCGCUUCGAUAAUCUGUUUCUCUUUUCUCUGACAUGCUUGGCUUAUAAAUGUAACGCAACUAAUGCAAUGCUAACGAGCGAAAGAGACACUGACAGCGAGAGAGUUCUGUCAGAACAACAAUCACUACUCUGAACAAAAAAGAAACCCCACAACCACAUCUCUACAACACCAACACCAACCGUUUCGGCCACACCAAUGCGUUAUGCACAAAAUUAUGCAAUAUUUUUUGUUUGUUAAUAAUUUCGCUUUGAAAUUGAAAUUGAA